GUGAGGAAAGAGGAAUUUUGAUCAGGGGCGGGUGAACAGCUUCCCUUAAACUACAUCUUCUCUUAGGACCUUUUACCCCUUUUUAGUAUUCUUCAGAUUUACAUUUCUAAGCAAAGUGACUACUUACAGCAACGUGAGCUGCUCAAGAAUCAAAUCUUUUAUGGCCAACCCUGCCGCUUGUCCCCCGUCAUUGCCUUGAUUGCCCUCUAUAUACCUCCCUAAAUCAGUCUUCUUCUCUUUGAGUGGUUUGGAGGUUGAAGCAAGUUAAGACAGCUUUGCCCUGGAGUUCUUUGGCAUUGCUGAGGCUGAGCCAUGGAAAGCAGGAUUUGCAUGUUCCUUCUUUAUUCAACAAUGGCGGCCACUAUCUUCAUGCAUUGCGAUGCAAGGAAAUCAAUGGGACUAAUCAAAGAUCCAAAACAUUCAAGAAGUUCUGUCAUAAAGCACACAAAGAAAUCGCAACUUAUGAGUAAGCUUAUGAGUUUGGUCAUUGAACAACCUACUGAUACAUCUAAUACUCAACCUUAUGGUGUAAGCUCACCAUUUUCUUUGCCACCUUUUGAUUCACUACCCCCUGUGAAUUCCCCUCCUUAUUGUGUUAACCCCCCUGUCACCCCCGGAACCCCUACUACAGUCCUUCCACCUCCUAGUGGAACCACACUCUCCCCACCAUCUCCCUCUUACAUCCUCCCUCCGGUUCUUCCAGGCCAAAGCCCACCACCAAGCUCAGGUGGUGGAGCUGUUCCAAGCCCGCCCCAAUUCUCGGACCCGAAUCCACCGGCAAUAUUUCCAGCCCCCCCACAAGCAAUUCCAACACCCAUUUACAUCCCAAGCCCAUCGGGACCCGGGAGCCCACCUUAUUAUGAGCCUAGCCCACCAUCCAUAGUCUUGAGCCCACCAUUCUUUGUUCCAUCCCCAUUCGGUUUUAAUCCGAGUCCACCGGUGUUUCUACCACCGAUUGUGUACCCUCCCCCCACGGUUCCACCUCCCAAUGUGGCUCCAAGCACGGCCUUGUGGUGCGUGGCUAAGCCCUCAGUGCCUGACCCUAUUAUUCAAGAAGCUAUGAACUAUGCAUGUGGGUCUGGAGCAGAUUGUGAUUCGAUUCAGCCCAGUGGGUCAUGCUUCCAGCCUGACACCUUGUUUGCUCAUGCUUCUUAUGCUUUUAACAGCUACUGGCAAAAAACCAAGGUUGCAGGUGGUACAUGUGAGUUUGGAGGCACGGCCAUACUCGUUACAGUUGAUCCAAGCUAUGAUGGUUGCCAUUUUGAGUACCAUUGAUUGGUGAUGAUAGGGCCUUCCUCUUGGCAGCUCCAAUACUCAUCUCUCUUCCUUUUUGUUCCCCUUCUUGGAUUAUUCUUUUUUGUUCCUUUUUUCCCAAUAAAGAAUGUAGAUUUUUCUUCAUGUUUCCAUGACCCACACAUAAGUUUGUAAGUAUAAGAGUCACGUCGUAUAUAAUAGUUUCUUAGGUGAUCCCAUAUAGAUAUAGCUUCUUUCUUUUCGAUAUUAGGUGCUUUGGCCUUUGAAAUUUUCUAUUGUAAAUGGGAUCCACCUCUCCCUUCAUGAUAUGUAUAAUUUGCAUUUGGAAACUCCUGAAAUGUACGCGACACAUCAAUAAAAUAGGAGAUGACAAUGUUCUCAUUCA